AUGAUUGCAGACGAAGAAAACAACAAUAACAAUAACAACAACGAAGAAAAUGAUAACAAUAUUAAUAAUAAUAAUGACAACAACAAUUAGAAUAUGCAACCUCAAGGAUAGGAAUUCUAUCCUGGUUCUUAUUUCAGUUCUUUUUUGAUUGAUGGAUAUGCAGAGGAUAAAUAUAAAAAUACAGUAACGCAGAUAUGCUAAAACAAAAAUUUACAUCUGUUAAUAGGAUUAUUAGAGUGUUUAGUUUGCAACUCUAUUAUUGUUUUGCUUAUUAGAGGCUGA